CUUUCAGUUUCAAGUCUUCAGAUCAUUUUAUUAAGUUCUGAAUUAAAGAAUAAUAAUAAAAAAAGAGGGUUAGGUCUGUUGUACCUAUAACUACCUACAUUCAUUUAUUGCUGCAAUGGGUGUUGGAACAAACUCUCCAGCGUGUGUCUUUCACAUGCACUGAGGAAUGUUGUUGGGUCACUUGCAGGCAGACAGGCUGAAUGGUUGCCUCAGUGUAGUCAGAGUCAUUUCCGUAUCCUAAUACAUCGUAUAGCAGUUUCUCCCGUCUGUAUGGGGUGAAUUCUCUUUUGGUAUUUAUUCAGCAGGUAUUGGGACACGCUCUGUCUGUUUUGUCAAGAGUCACCGAGGGGAAAGGAUCCAGUGAAGCAAUGUCAUCAGGUUUUGCUGUUUCAAUCCUUGGAGUCAUCUUUGGAUCUAUUUUUGCCUUUGUCCUGUUUUUGGUUCUCAUCAUCUGCUGCGUGUGUCCUUGCUGCUUGAUUUACAAAAGCUGUCGAAGAAGACCAAACCAAAUUGUGACAACCACCACCCAUGUAGUCAACAUACCCGUGCAGCCGCACCCCACUCAUCUAUCCUACCCAGGCUACCAGCCUGUGCCUGGCCUGCAUGGAUAUGGAGGCAUGCCUGGACCCACAGCACCACCACAUUCAUACAUGGAAGCAGCUCAUCCAGCUUACCCUCCAGUUCAAUUUCCUCCGGGCCCGCCGAUGAACUUCCUUCCACCUCCUGGCCAGUUUUAUCCACCACCGCCACCAUAUUCAGAGGACAUGGCACAUCCACCCUACAACCCAUCAUAUGGCCCAAAGGCCUGAACUGCUUACCAGAUAAAAAGACACCGGGUGUGGCUGCAGCACCUUUCUCAUGGGACUGUGUGAGUGGAUGUGUGUAUUAGAGCUGCUUUGUUAGAUGUCACAUUCAUGUUCAAAAUAUUCAAUUGGGGAAAAGUACAAUUUUAUAACUUAACUACCAGAAAUCUUUGCUGCGUAUUGCUACUGGUUAAUUAUUCAGAGUAUAUUUGUUCAGCAGUGUCCAAUUUUUAAAUAUGAUCAUGUAUAUAUUUUAGUGUUGAAUGUAUAAAAAAAGGAAAGAUCAGACACACAUUUCAAAUCAGUGAGAGCACAAACAUCUAGGUCAAUUAUACUGAUAAUUAUUCAUCAGUACAACUCAGAUUCAUUCAUAUUCUCUGGCAAAUAUUAUUAGAAUCACUAUUAAAACUGAUGCCCUGAAGUAUAGAUUCUCUCAGUUGAACUACGAGUCCACUUUACCUUUUUUUUUAAUGAACUCAAACUGCCACUAGAGGUCGCCACCACCCCACUUCUGUAUAGAGAAGGGUGCACUUUAAGCUGUUGCUACACAGGAUUGUGGUUUCAAAUGCUAAUAAAUAAACCUGACAAAAAACAUUUGUUUCAUUUUCUU